AUGAUGGUCCAUGAAUCACCUGCUAGGCAGGAAUUGUCGGAGCCGAACACAACUCCGGCUGCCACAAUCAAGACGAAAAACACCAAGAAGAAGCCCUCCAAAGAUUCUGUGCACAUUCCUCCCGCAGGCUUGUUGCCGGAUGGCAGUGCGCCCGACUUUGGAUUCGGAGCGAAGCCAAAGGACCCAGUCAACCCCAAGGGGUCUGACUCGAAUCGCCGCAAAGACCGUUCAACUCCACAAAAGAAAACAAAGAAUGGCGCCGUGGAGAAACACACGGGUGAUUUGAAGACAUUACUUCUAUCGAAACCCAAAGAAAGCAGAAAGAAAGGAGACAAGGGUCUUCCGGACAGAACCCUUCCAGACGGGAGCGUCCCUGAUUUCGGUAAUGGUUCAUCAAAUGAGACCCCCAAGAAGGAAAAGAAACCAAAAUCUGCAAAGCCAGCAGCGAAAUCAUCAAAAAAGGCUGAAAAACCGGCCGAACAUGUCAGAACCGCUUCUGGAGAGUUCGUGUAUGCCGGAGCUUCUUUUCACGAGUCACCGUCUGCCGUGUCUUUGCCAAAGCCUUCGUUUUUGAGCUCCAGAAAAGCCUAG